AUGGCCGACGCGCGCUGCCAAGGCGACGCUGACAGGCUGAAGGCGAUGGAGAGGGACUCGUGCGCUUUGCCUCAGACAGCACGGAACCAUUUACAGUUUUCAGGAGAACCGGACACACUCUUGGUGAAAUCGUUUCUAGGAGAAGACUUUUUUUCAGUGGAAGGAGAAGACUUUGGGAAGAUGCUGGGGCAGGUGCUGCGGAGGCUCCGCCCCGCGGCGGCGGCGUCCUCCACGGAGGCGACGAGGGCCUUCUCCGCCGGGGCGAAGGAGAUCACUGUUCGCGAAGCAUUGAACUCCGCACUAGAUGAAGAAAUGUCUGCCGAUCCUUCUGUCUUUGUAAUGGGCGAAGAGGUUGGAGAAUAUCAAGGUGCAUACAAGAUCACAAAGGGCUUGCUUGACAAGUAUGGUCCUGAUAGGGUUCUUGAUACACCAAUUACAGAGGCUGGUUUUACAGGCAUUGGUGUAGGCGCGGCCUAUCAAGGUCUCCGACCGGUCAUAGAGUUCAUGACAUUUAAUUUCUCAAUGCAGGCAAUCGAUCAUAUCAUCAACUCAGCUGCCAAGUCAAACUACAUGUCAGCUGGUCAGAUAAAUGUUCCUAUUGUUUUCAGAGGACCAAAUGGAGCUGCUGCUGGAGUUGGUGCUCAACACUCACAGUGUUAUGCAGCUUGGUUUGCACAUGUUCCAGGACUUAAGGUUCUGGCUCCAUAUUCCUCAGAAGAUGCUCGGGGCUUGCUAAAAGCUGCAAUUAGGGAUCCCGACCCUGUUGUUUUUCUGGAAAAUGAAUUACUCUAUGGAGAAUCAUUCCCUGUUUCUGAUGAAGUGCUUGAUUCUAGUUUUGCUCUGCCAAUUGGUAAAGCUAAGAUUGAACGCGAAGGUAAAGAUGUUACAAUUACCGCAUUCUCCAAGAUGGUUGGUUAUGCUCUUCAGGCUGCUGAGAUACUUUCCAAGGAAGGAAUUAGCGCCGAGGUGAUCAACCUUCGAACAAUAAGACCACUGGAUAGAGCUACAAUCAAUGCAUCUGUUAGGAAAACAAAUAGGCUGGUGACUCUUGAAGAAGGCUUCCCCCAGCAUGGUGUUGGUGCUGAAAUAUGCAUGUCCGUUGUAGAAGAAAGCUUCGAGUAUCUUGAUGCUCCAGUGGAGAGGAUUGCUGGAGCCGAUGUACCCAUGCCCUAUGCUGCCAACCUCGAGAGAUUAGCUGUUCCACAGAUCGAGGAUAUCGUCCGUGCAGCGAGGCGAGCGUGCUACAGAGCGGUACCCAUGGCGGCAACAGCCUGAUCGGAAUUCAUUUUACUUCCUCCUUGCUUUUUCACUUUGGCGGGCUGAGAAAACAGUGUGUUACAUAAUGGUGCCCACAAUUGCCCAAACUCAUUAAAUUUUGUAGAUGUGCCGUGGCAUCUUAUUCUUUUAGCUGCAGUUGGAUCACUGCAUUCGAUUGGCGCCCCC